AGAAGAGCUGGGGUAAUGGGUGGAUUUGAUUUAUUACAACCUAAUAGAAACACCACCAAAAUCCUUCAAACUAAAAUGUAAAUAUCUUGAGCAUGGAAUGGAUUCAGUGGUGUUCAGAAAUUAAACUAAAGAAUAAUGUGGUUAUUCAAAGAUUGUUUCAAAAAUAAAUAUGUAUAUUUGGUAGGGAGCUUGUUAGUAUAGAAAAGUUACUGAUUUGGAAAGGAACCAAUUGAAGAAGCAGGGAAUCCUCGUAUCUUCCUCGAGACCUAGGACCACCUCAAGGGAACAAGAAGUGGCUUCCACGGCAGCACAUUUGUCUUGAAGAUCAGUCAGAAAGAGAAACUGCAUCAUCUGUGACAGGCAGACAGUGGGACGCAAAAUGCCAGUGAAAUGCUGUUUCUACAGGUCUCCAACUACGGAAUCACUGGCGUGGUCUGAAAAUAUGGACUCCCUCUUAGCUAACCAAGCUGGUUUGGAUGCUUUCCGAACAUUUCUAAAAUCAGAAUUCAGUGAGGAGAAUGUUGAGUUCUGGCUUGCCUGUGAAGACUUCAAGAAAACUGAAAGUAGAGAAAAGAUUGCUACCAAAGCCAAGAUGAUUUAUUCUGAAUUCAUUGUCGCUGACGCACCAAAAGAGAUUAACAUUGACUUCAGUACCAGAGAUCUCAUCUCAAGGAAUAUUGCUGAACCAACUCCAAAAUGCUUUGAUGAGGCUCAGAAACUAAUUUAUAGUCUCAUGGCCAAGGAUUCAUUUCCUCGUUUUCUAAAGUCAGAAAUUUAUAAGAAACUGGUAAAUAGCCAACAGGUUGGAAAUCAUAAAAGAUGGCUGCCUUUCCUGUGA